UGUGGUUCAUGAAUAUUGUCAGAUCGACGAUAAUAAUUAAUCUAUCUUAUCCCAACAUUAAGAUCUGAAUUGUCCACUUUUCUUAAUUAUCACAAAUAUUGCCGAGUGAUCGAGCACCCCCCAUUAUCGCAUUAGGCUUGCUGUUUGGAAACAUGGCCUAUAAUUAACCAUGCACCAUGAACCCUGGGAGGUGUAGAAAUCCAGACCGCCGCCAUGUUUAUUGAGCUGGAACGAGGAAAUUAAUGAAGGACCCCAAUUCACAUAAUAUAUGCAUUGAAUUUAGAAAGUGGGUGAGGAAUAAUCCAGGGUGUUUCCAUGAGAUGGGGUGUGUGUGAUGAAAGGUGGUGGUUUAGAGGAGUUGGGUGGUGAAGAAGAAUCAUGUGGGUGCAUGUGCAUUGAGUUGGAGAACAUGCCGCAAGACACAAGCAACAUCUUAGUAUUCAUUUUAUCCCAUUUUCUUGGCGGCCUUCCAUGAAAUUGUGCUUCUGUCCCCACUUCUUUGCUGCCUUAAAUAAUUUGUGUGUUAUCCUCAACGGCCAGGCCACCAACCCAUGUCCCAAACCACCAUAUAAAAGCCUACUCGUUGUCCCUAGUUUGCAAGGUGUUUGCUUAAAAGUCUCUGAGAGCAAUUAAGUUUUGGAAUAUGGGAGUUUCCCCUGCAAAAUCCCUCCUCGUCUCCCUUGAUAUGAAGGGUAUGCUCCAAGGAAAUGACCAGCAAAGUUGCAGUGCAAAUGGGUCGUUGUGGAGCAAGCUAAUGGAAGCCCAAGCCAAGAAGCAAAGGAUCGCCAGGGAAAGGAGAGGGCAUUUUAAGAUCGGCAAGAGGCCUACGAGGACUUUGAUGAAGAGAAGAAAGCACCAGGCAAACGCGGUUGGGAGAAGGGUGAGAACCCUGAAGAGGCUUAUUCCCAACGGCGAGUCCAUGGGCAGCUUGGAUGGACUCUUCAGAGAGGCUGCUGAUUACAUAUUCUCUUUACAAAUGAGAGUGAGAGUAAUGCAGAUUAUGGUUAAUGCAUUGACAAAUUCUGAUGAGUGAUCAAUUUAUUUGUAAAGGCUGUACUAUUGUACUCAUGAUUCUUUUCUUCUUUAAAUGCUUUGUCUUUUGAUCAUGUGGUUCAUAGACAUAGAAGCUUGAGUGUUCAUGUUGUCCUAGAUUUAACAACAGCGCGUUAUCAUUUUAUUUUGUGAAAAUUGACUUUGAGUGAGUUAGUAGAA